GAUGCAGAGCUAAAGUGAGCAGCAGUAAAACAGUUUCCUGUGUGGCUAUCCAGAGCACUCUUUCUCUUGAAUUCUGCUCUCCCCUGUCAGAGUCUCUCAUACAACAGGCAAAGGCAUUAUUAGCCUGUGUAUUUCUUUUCUUGGCUUAUUUUCUGGGCUCUUGAUGAUCAAAAUUCUUAAGUUCAAACUGCUGUGAUAAAAGAUAAGAUUGCUUCUUCCGAGGAUAUAUACGCAUACUCUGCAAAAGUUCAGACGCUGUCUUCUAAAAAUCAGUCGCUCAGCUGUGUCUGACUCUUUGUGACGCUAUGAACUACAGCCCCCCAGGAUCCUCUGUCCAAGGGAUUUCCCAGCAAGAAUACUGUAAUGGGUUGCCAUUUCGUCCUCCAAAGGAUCUUCCUGACCCAGGGAUUGGACCUGCUUCUCCUGCAUCUCCUCCGUUGGCAGGUGGAUUCUUUACCACUGAGCCACUUGAGAAGUCCUACCAACUCAUUAAUAAUGAGUGAAGAAGUUGUAACUUACACCAAUUGGCCAUUUCAACCAUCAUCUCAGCCACAGAGAAGCCAAAGACUUGAAACUACCAAGAGAAAAGUUCUUUCACAGAUGGAAAUCAAUUACAAAAAAAUUCCACAAGAUCACCCUAUUCCACUUUCUUCAUGGAAAUAUGUUGCUGUGUUUCUGUGCAUCAUUUGCCUGGGGCUUCUUCUGUCUGUUGGAUACUUGGUCACUGAGUUGAAUAAGAAGCCAUUUCAGCCAGAAGGAUGUCCAGGAAAUAGUUCCUCCAACAAGGAAGCAAAUAAAACAGUAGUUUGGAAAUACCCUACUUGUUCAAACAACUGGCAUCAGUAUGGAGAAAACUGCUACUAUUUUUCAAGAAACGUUAUUCCUUGGAAGGAAUGUCGCCGUUUUUGCACUGAUUUACAUUCUGGAUUUCUUAAGUUGAAUACUGAAGAAGAGAUGAAUUUUAUAACAAAAUUGUCAAAAAUGCAAUGCGGUUUGCAAAAAGAAAAGUUUCCAAUUAGCUUACACUACAGCAAUAAGCAACUGAACUGGGUUUGGCUAGAUGAUACAAAACUUACCCUGGACAAGCUUCAACUUCCAGGACAUGAGAAUGCUAAUAAUAAAUGUGCACACAUAAAAUACGGCCAGAUAAUUGCUGAAGAUUGCCAUAGUAGUGGUUAUUGUAUCUGUAAGAAGACAAUAUAUUCAGAUUAGAUAAAGUGCCUGAGAUUUUCCAGUGAGAUGACUUCAACUAUGUAAAAAUGUGUUUAGCUAAAAAUAGAUGUCAUUAAACAUUGAAGUCUAUAUGUUAUUCUUUAACUUUAAUCCAUGAUUUGUUACAGAAUUAAUACAAUAA